UGAUGUGACAUCAAUCAGACCGCGUUGUCAGCAGUCCUCGUCAGCAUGGCAGAAGGAAUGAUUGUCUUGGUGACGCUGACAAUAAUUCGUCUGGCUUGUGGUUCAACAGAAAUACCACCAACACUUUUACCCGGCAGUGAGGAGAAAAGUAUAGUGGCAAACCUACUGAGAGGUUACGGAUCAAGGGUGAUAAGACCCCUGAGGAACUCCUCCCAAUCUGUGAAUGUCAACCUUCGCCUUCUUAUAUCGCAGAUUGUCGAUUUCGAUGAGCCACGACAACAACUGACUAUCAACGCCUGGCAGAAACUGUCUUGGCACGAUGACUUUCUAGUCUGGAAUCCUGAUGACUACGGUGGUCAAGAUAUCGUGCACGUGUUACAAUCGGAAAUUUGGAUACCACGAAUCGUGUUGUUGGAGAAUGUGAAUUAUGACUUCCCAAGCUUUGAUGAGACGGAACUGAUUGUGUCUUCAGAUGGUUCCGUAAAUUGGUACGCGCCAGCAAUGUUUCAAUUCUCGUGCAAGGUGUACGUCAAAAGGUUUCCCUUUGAUGUCCAGCACUGCAACAUGACCUUCAUGGCCUGGGCCUAUGACAUAUCCGCCCUUAACUUCUCCUAUCUCGAUGAUGAGGACACCAAGCAGUACAUCUUUGCUAAAAAUGGGGUUUGGAAUCUUAUCCGCGUGGACACGACGCGAGAGAAGGUGAAGUACGUCUGUUGUGAGCACCCUUAUACUCAGGUCAUCUACGAGCUGACCUUCCAGAGGGCAUCGCUGGCCUACAUCUUCAGCAUUUUAAUUCCGUCUAUUCUCCUGGCUAUGCUCACUCUGAUGGUGUUCUGCGUCCCGCCCGCAUCUGGAGAGAAGAUUUCGCUGGGGAUGACCAACCUUCUCGCCUUCGUUCUUUUCCAGCAGCUCAUAGCGGGCAAUAUGCCGCCGAUUGGUGACGAGACACCCAUUUUAACUAUGUUUAUUUUCUGCAUGGUGGUCGUGGGCUGUGCCUCCAUAUUCGCGUCUGUCUACGUGCUGUGCCUCUUUAACACUUACCAAGAAAAGUUGGUGACACAGCGAGUCAUCCGCCUCAUGGCAUACCUUUACGGCCCGUGCAAGGGCCGUGUCACGUGGCAAGCCGUGGCCCUGAAGCUGGACCGGGCAAUGUUUGUACUCUUCCUGGUCACGACAGUCAUCCUUAUUCUUCUGUCCUUCAUCGCACUCAUGCUUUCAACAGACAAGCCAAACUAACUCUCGGAACAAAAUUUGGUACUAAGAUCUUCUUACAUGUUACUGUAAUGGUCUUCUUGUACCUCUUUUAUAAUCAAGCCUCUGUAAUGUUUUUCUUUUAAAUUUAAUAUAAAAGUAACAAAGGCGGUUUGAAUGUCUGUUUUGUUUGUAAUUCAAGCAGUUUGGCUUUUAGGUUUCCCAACAAGUUUUAGAUCAAAUUUGAAACAACUGAAUAUACGACAACUAAAGUCAACAUAUUAAAAAUACGUUAUAAAAAUGAAAGGGUCAAUGCUCAC